CCCAGCCACACACAGGCACCAGGAAUCCAAGCCUCUCUUUCCCCCAGCGUGUCAGUUUUCCCGUGAAAUAGACAAGCUCCUCUUGGAACCGGAGCAGCUCAAAUAUUAUUCUUGUAGCUCUUUCCCGCCCUUCUCCGUCCCUCCAGCUCCCAGCACGAUGCAGCCAGCAGCAGCCACACGCUGACAUGAGAUGCGAGUUCACCGGCUCUCGCUCUCUUCCUCCUCCUCCUCCUCCUCCCACCGCCGGCCAGCCCCGCUUUACUCCGCUAACGGGAAAAGCGCUUCAGAAACGCGCGCGCACAUUCACACGCACUUCCAGGAAACCAGAAAGACGCUGCGAUUCUUGGCGAAAGGAAACGGAUCGGUCGGCCUUUCUGCGCGCACACUCCUCCCCCCUCCGCCCCGAGCAACUUCCACCACUUUCGACUCCUCUUGAGUAGUCCUAAUCCGGGAGGUAUCCGGUGUGUGUGUGUGUGUGUGCCGGGGAGGGGGAUGCGGGGGGGAGAGAGACAUUAAUUGGCCCAGCCUGGGAACAAGCCUCCCAUCCGGUGCGCCCCAGGCGCGCGGGGCGUUUGCAGACUCUGCUCGGCACACCGCUUCCCCCUCCCGACCACAACCCGCCCCCCUCGCCGGCGUUGCAAGUAUGGCAAAGGCAGGCGAUCGGACUGGGCUCGGUUUCGCCAGAGGAUCCCGCGAAGGGGAGAGCAUUUUUAAAUUUUGAUCCCCCCCACCCCACCCGUUUCCUCCCUCCCUCUCUUUUCUUCCACUCUUGGAGAGACACACACAGGCACCUCGCUGCUUUCACGCCGCCAAAGAUACGCAUCGGGUGAAGUUUCCCUAUCGCUACACCUCUCUCAAGGAAAAGCAUCACCUGUUGAAUUUCUGCCCACACACAGCUGGCAGAGAUGCUGCUCCGGUAACCGACUGAGCGUCUCUCCCGGCCAACUGGAGGCGCAAUGGUCCCCCUGUGCUGGUGCUGCCCGCCAGCACCUGCUCCAGCUGCGGCGGCCAUGACGGGCACGGCCACAACCUCCUACCACUUCAAGAGUUUUUGUGGGGAGUUUGAGCGGGUGGAAAGCGCCCUGGAACGCCUCGAGGCCAGCGGCUUCUACUGGGGCAGCCUGUCUGGGGCCGAAGCCAAGCGCCUUUUGACCUCCCAGCCGCCCGGCGUCUUCCUCGUGCGAGAUUCCUCCGACCACCACCACCUCUUCACCCUGAGCGUCCGCACCAACACGGGCAUCACCAACCUGCGCAUCCAGCAGCAGGGCUCAGCUUUCCACCUGGAGGCUUUGCCAGGCGCUGGCCACCCCCCGGCCUUCCACUGUGUGGUCCGGCUAGUAGAGCACUAUCUGUGCCUGGGAGCAGUAGAAGGGGGGCCUUGCUACCUGGAGAGGGAGGGGCAGCCCCCAGUGCCUUUGGCCCUCGCCCAUCCUCUCUGCUGCAAAGUGCCCACCUUGCAAGAGCUGAGUCGCCGGGCAGUGCGUGCCAGUAUGAGGGGCAGAGGCGAUGCCAGGGCCCAGCUGCAGGGGCUGCCAGUACCGCAGGGACUCUUGAACUCGCUGUGCACCUGAAAGGCUCGUUUCCUUCCUAACAUUCCUUGUACAGUACAUAAGCAGGCCUGUCUGCACAGUGUAUUGCUGGGGGCGCCUGUUUAUCAUUAUCUUUGUGGAAUAAACCAACUGGUAUACUGGG